GAUCACCACAAGAUAAGCGCUUUCAUAAAAUAGCUCGUCCACAACUAUCUUCAACUUGGAUACAUAGUUCAGCUGAUCUGUCAGCUGAUAUUUGUUGAUAAUAAUUCAAAGUAGUAAAUCUUUUAAAUUUUGAAAAGAUGAGUUUCUUUUAUUACUUUGGAUAUGGAAGUAAUCUUCUGACAAAGAGAAUCAGAGUGCAAAAUAAAACUGCUGAGCGAGUAGGUGUUGGAAAACUUGAAAACUUUAGACUUGAUUUUGCUGAUUCUGCACUUGAGAAAAGAUACUAUUCACCAACAUGGAAUGGAUCACCAGCAACCAUUAUUGAGAAUGAGGGAAGUUGUGUUUAUGGAGCUGUGUGGAAAAUUAACAAUUGUGAUUUAGAAGAACUUGAUAGACAAGAAGGUGUGGAAUCUAAUAUAUACAAGCCAUUAGAGUUGAAAAUUUAUGUUCAAGAGCUACAAAAUGAAGUAUUGUGUCGAUCUUAUCAAUUGGUUUGCAAUCCAAAAACACCUAUUGAUCCGCAAAACAGACCAUACGAAAGACAACCAUCAAAGACUUAUUUGACAGUAAUUUUGAAUGGAGCAAUUGAGUCUAAUUUACCUAAUGACUAUUUUGCCUUCCUGAAAAAGUUUCAGCACAAUGGAAACAGAGCGCUUGAUUUAAAUCUUGAGAGUAGCCUCGAUUUGAAGGAAAUUCUGUAAUUUACAUGAAUAUUGUAUAAAAUUAUAAAACUUUACUAUUAUUUUUGACUAAGAGAUGGCGCACGUUGACUACAGCAUGUACACUGC